GACGACACAUCAUUAUCAAGCGUUGAUACAGAAAUCAGCGACCCCAGUUUAACCUCUGAUCCGACCCUCACUCCAGGCGAGGCCAGUUUGACACCAGCAGAGGCGAGAAGUCUGAGUCCCCAUCAACCCCUAGCAUUGGAUCAUCAUAUCAAAAAAGAAGAUUUAAAGUCAUCAAAGCCAAGCAGUGGGCAAGCUACGCCAACUCUUGAAGAAAGCCGCUCUCCGAUGCCUACUGAUCCUCAAGUUGCCUUGAUUGAAGCCCGUCGAGAUAUGAAAAGGGCAUCAUCACCGCACAAUGUGGAGAGGUAUACCUCACAUGCUCAAAAUAUGGAAUACAAAGGAUAUGUAGACAGCUAUGCACCAUCAAUAAGAUUUGGGCAAGCACCCGCAAAUGGCCACUUUCCAUACGGAUUAAACCCACCACAGCAGGAACGAGCCCAUGAAGCACCAGAGGAUCUCACAGUAACAAAGGAUGAAGACGAAGACGAUGAUGGAGACGACGAUAGCGACAAACUAAAUGAAUCCACACCAGGAGUAGAUCCUGAGAGGCUUAAAGCUUUUAAUAUGUUCGUACGUCUCUUUGUUGAUGAAAAUCUUGACCGAAUGGUUCCAAUCUCGAAGCAACCAAAAGACAAAGUGCAAGCUAUUUUGGAGGCAUGCUACCGCCAGUUUCCAGAGUUCCACGAAAGGGCUAGGAAAAGGAUAAGAACAUAUUUGAAGUCGUGUAGACGGAUGAAGAGACAGAGAGACGCAAAUGGUUUAGAUUCGACACUGAGACCGACCCCACCUCACCUCACAUCAGCCCGUGCCGAGCACAUCCUCGCUGCUGCCUGCGAGAGUGAGAGUGAUAACGCCAAGAGGAUUAGAAUGGAAUUGCUGCAACAACAAGGACAUCCGGAAGUACAAGUUGAGCCUCAGCCACCUGCACCUACCACACAUAUAUACGAGGAACCAAUGAAACCCUCCCCUAGGCCCCCACCGAUGGACUACCGGUACUCGAAUGGAGUGUCCCACGAAGCGUAUUAUCCUACAAUGGUACCCGUGUCUCGUCAGUCACCCAUCAUACAGCAUACUCAACAUCCCUCUCUUGCCAAUGGGCCAACAGAUCUUAGCAUUAAGAAAGCCAAGACGCAACUAAGUCCAUCAGAAAUCACCAAAAUCCGCAACUUGAUAACAAGUUACCGUGAGUCAGCUGCGUUUCUGUACAGAUCAGCGGAGGAACUCGAGAAUUUGCUUCUGCAACAGAACUAGUUAAUCACAAGCCUUCGGUGCAAAUUUUUUAAUAGCAUUUUUCACAAAAAAAAAAAACAUUUCAUACAAGUGUUUUUAUCACUGUGGUGUCGCUUCUGUUUUUCUCAAGGAAUUACUUAGAAACCUGUAUGCUCUAUUUGUCGAAAAUGUUAUGCCGUUCUUCUCUGUUCAGCUCUGGAAGAUUUCUCUUACUUUGACGACAGCCUUGGUUUUACCGUGCCACGUCAGUGUGCAACCACGUAACUGGACGUUGUCAACAACUCUUCCAGAAAAACUUGAUAUUAAACUAAACUAAGAAUAUCUUGAAAAGCGUAUCUAAUUUAAUGCAUAUUUAACUUAAGGAAUUUUUUUUUCAGUAAUAUACUAAGUUAUUUCUUCAGGUGUUUAAUAAUAGAAAAGAGUUAAAAACCUCGCAAUUUUAAUAUUAUUAUGUUGAGUUGAGGAUUUCUGUUGUCCAUCGUGGUACAGUACAAGAUUUGAAUAGCAUCGGGAUGUUUAACUCUAGGCUUUUUAAGUGCAAUGGAUCGUAGUGGAGGUUUAUCCUGACAAUACGUGACACAACUCUCACAUUAUGCUUUAUAAGAGUUGCCAAAUGAUUUGUUCAUGUUAAGGGCAAUGAACUGUGCUCAGAUAUUGAGUUACGUUUGGUUAGUUUUGCUAAAUACUAUAAAACUCAAUCUGGGGCAAUAUCAAAACUGAUACUGUAAUAUAUAAUUUCGUUCAUAUACUUUCAUGCCUUUGGGUUUUACCAUAGAAGAAGUUUGUUUUACCUAUAACAAAAAAUAUGCUUUCUUUUAUAAAAUUAAGUUGUUCAAAAUGAAUAAAAUAGAAAUACACAUUAUGAACAUAUACUCUUUUUAAACUAAAGUAUGUAUUUAUAUUUUUUGGAGAAAAAAAUUUCUUCUUUUGAAGCAGAACCAACAUUUUAACUUAAAAAUCUAAAUUAUUUUAAAGAUGUAGACAGUUAUGCAUUAAUAACGUCUAAUUGUGCUAUAUAUCUGUUUUGUAUGUUUUUUUUGUACACAAAAUGUCUCUACUACUGAACAUUUUUCGGUUUUAGGUCUUUGAUUUUACUAUGUGCAAUACAGUGAUAUACUGUCCAUCGUUACCACAACUGCAGUCUUAACCAGAAGAGCGUUUUGUUGCAGAAUCUUGAUAUUGCUAUCGGUGUGCUAAUUAGCAAAGCAUUUAAACUAAUCUAAAUUAAUGCUUUAGUUCGUUAUGAAUAAUCAAAAUCCAAUUACUAAAGGUUGUGUGCUUUAGAAAAAAAAACGAGUAUGUAGAUCGGUCAAAUGUUAUUAGUUUUAAAACAGGUCAUACACAAAGAGAAUUACUGAACACAAUCAUCCAUCAAGAAAUAAAAAUUAUGGGUUACAGAAAAACACUCUAUACAUGAAAUAUCCAUCUACAUACGCACAGGAACUAAACAUGCAUAUACCUUAAAACAAUCUUGUUUUGUAUUUAUCAACUCAGUAUAUAGUAAUUUUGAAUGAAUUAAUUGUCUGUUAUUUAUGUUUUUUCUGAGAUUUCUUAUCAAACAGUAACUGAUAUCAAAAAUGUACAUAAGAAAUAGGGACCGACAACUCUAAUAUUUUAAGUGCAAAUUUACAAAACUUACCCGUCACUUCUCUACUAAUUUAUUUGUUUUCCCUGUCCUCAUCCAAUUAAAAUAAAAUAGUUUUAUACCAAAAAUAAGCGACUUUUAAUUGAGUUACUUAUAUUUAUGCUUUAAGCUGUAAACUUUAAUAUAUUUUGGUGUUAUUUUUUGAAGUAGAGAUAGAUUGUCAUCUUAGACCAGUAAUGUAGUUGUACAGUAAAUUUGAAAAUAAUGUGUUCGUGCUGGUAGUUUUUCCAUUAUGGGAAUAACAUUCUAUAAAUAUUUGUCAAGCUAGGCAAUCAUUAUUUCUUGCACAUGAAAAUAAUUUAUAUCUUUAUUUAAUCAAAUAUUUAUAAGUUUAUCUGUUGCAUAUUUCAUGUCUCUUCUAAUUAAUUUAAAGAAAAAACAUAUUUGGGAGAUUUACAAAAAUAAAUCAAUAAUUUGAAAAUACUUCCCAUUUAUGGAGAAUAUACAGAAGUAUUGUAUAUUCAUGACUUGUACAUUCAUUGUACUAAUUCAUUUUUGGUUAUUGUGUUCAGAAUACAGUAUUUGCAAAUGCAUAUUGAUGAAUAUUCAUGAUUUAAUAUUGAUGAAUAAUAAAUAUUCAUGACAACAUCUACAUCUUGUGAAUAUUCAUGGUUUAUAUAUUAUGCAUUGAUGAAUAAUGAAUAUUCAUGAUUUAAUAAUGAAUAAUAAAUAUUCAUGAAAAUUUAUGAUUUGUAUGCAUUGAUAAAUACAUAUAUUAAAAUGUAUUGCACAUGAAAUUGGCAAUCCAUAUGAUGGGGAUAUGAAUAAACAUAAAUAAAAUAGUAAUGUUUGAUGCAUUUUGUUGAAAGUUAAAUCAGGUUGAAAAUGAAGAGAACACACUGUUGUAAAUACUUGUAAAGUCACACAAUAAGUUUUAGCUUAAGAAUUAUAUUAUUACACACAAACCAUUUGGUUCAUAUUUGAUAAUAUGCCAUGAAUAUUACCUGGUCCUACACACACACACACACACACAAUAUGACUAGAAUUUUAUAUUCAUACACAAAAAGGUGAACUUGUCCUUGUUUUGCUUUGCACAUUAAUUUUAUGUAAACAGAAGCAACCAUCCUGCUCUAGGUAACGAAUAAUAAAUACUAAUUGUUUAAGCUUGGAGUGGUGAAGUGUACAAUGUGUUGUGUUGAUCCGCAGUAUUUAAAAAGCUCACACAACACAUAAUUGCUUCUAGUGGCAAUUUUUGGUCGACCAUGGUAAUUAUAAGCACAUAUUAAUUACUUAGCCAGUUUUUCAGACCUUUUUGUAUAAAUGCAAAGGCUUUUCUGUUUUUGGUUUGUUGAAAAUCUGAAAAAAAAGUGAUCUGCUCUAUCAAAAAAGCAACAUAAAAACUUUGAUAUUGAUUGCAUAGUUGAUUAAUAUCGCACAUUUUCUAACAAAUUUCUGACCAUAAUAGCAAUGAAAUACUAUAAAUGAAAUGCUCGAAAUUGAGUAUUUAUGUUCUGUUUGAUUGAGCAUGUCACUUUGUCAAGGUCAAACCACAUCUGUAAAAAAAAGUAUAAAAUUAAUUUUAGUAAUUUUUAAAUAUCAAUAUUUAGAUAAUAUGAUCAGGACCACACCAGUAAGUACUAUUAAGCUAAUAAUUUAAUGUUAAUUUAUUCAUAAACAAAUUGUAAUGUUUGGAUAAAUAUUUUGAUUAGAGUAAUUAUUGAAAAAGCUGAUAAACAAAAUGUUGUCUCAACUGUUUCAUGUAAAUGAGAUACAUUAUGUUGAGAGACUUAGUGUUGUUUUAUUUUUCUUAUUUAUUUGAACUGUCUUGAUGGUUUCACACUGGAAUAAAAUUGUCUUGUCUUUAGACACAAAAUAUAUAAAAAAAA